AUGGGACACGGAAGCAACGACAAGCUUUACAUAACCCAAACAGAACACUCAGGAGCCGCAGGAGGUCGGCAUUCCGCAUCGUCUGGUUACAGAGCCAAGCAACAAGCUCCUCACCCUGGGGCGCUAACUCCAUUCGAUUGCUGUGCACUUUCGUUUCAGCCUUUUGAGCACCCGGUUUGUGCAAGGAACCCAGAUGGGACAGGCGCCGUAUUCGACUUGGUGAACAUCCUGCCUUGGUUAAAACAGCAUAACAACACAAAUCCUAUCACCGGGGAGCCGUGCACCCCCAACGAUCUUAUCCACCUAAACUACUCCCGCAAGCCAGAUGGACAGAUUCAUGACCCAAUAUCCUUCAAGCCUUUUAGUGAACACUCUCAUAUCGUUGCAAUUGCAACGACUGGGAAUGUCUACCUUGCAGAAAGCAUAAAAGGUGGGAAGGACUUGUUGAGCGAUACUAGUUUCAAAAAGGAGGACGUCAUCACGCUUCAGAACCCUCAUGCCAUGUCAUCUACAUCUUCCUCGACGGCAGUGACCGCUGCCACUAAAACAUCAAAAGUUGCGAAGAGCACGGCUACUAAACCACAGGCUGCUGGAGUGGCCGCACUGAGGGAGAAGGAGAAGCUUCCAUGGAAUGUGUCUCCGUAUUCUAGUGGCUUACCGGGCGCAUCUCUGACCUCCACAUCAGUGGACCCGACCACACAAACAUCCCGAUUAUUAUGGGAUGAAGAGGAACUCAUGUUCGAGGCGAUCUCAAAUCCUCCGAAGUCGAAGAGUAAAGAAGCGGACGUUGGGAAACGGCGGGCCUAUGUACGAGUUGUCACUAGCCUAGGUGGUAGCUUAAAUCUUGAGCUGUACUGUGAGAAGGCACCGAAAACGUGCUAUAACUUCCUGAUGCUUGCUCGAGAAGGAAAAUAUGACAACUGUAUAUUCCACAGGCUAAUACCAGGCUUUAUGAUCCAGACGGGAGACCCAACAGGGACAGGAUCGGGAGGGCAGUCAUACUGGGGCAGUGCAUUCCGUGAUGAGUAUGAUUUGAAGGGCGCCGCAAAGCACGAUUCACGGGGCAUACUUGCAAUGGCAAAUCGUGGCAUGGGCACGAACACGUCGCAAUUUUUCAUAACGUUCAAGCCGACACCUCACUUAGAUGGUAAGCAUACGGUGUUUGGGAAGCUCGUCGGUGGUGAGGACGUGCUUGACACACUUGAACGGUUACCACGAAAAGAAGGCACAGACCGACCCGCGAAGACCGUGCGCAUUACAGAAAUUAUCAUUUACCAGGAUCCGUUCGAGGAAUACAAAACCAGGCUGAAAAGGAAGUUGGAGAGAAAGGCAGAGGCCGAGCAAGCGGGAGAGUCUGAUAAGAGUAUAGCAAAGGAGAAGAAGGAAGGGGAUGAUGUGAAUUGGUUCGGUGUUAAACUCGGGAUAGAGAAACGUGGUACUGGUGCGAACGGAUCAAGCGCAGCUGAUGUAGGGAAGUACCUUAACCUCAAACGUCCACUUGAAACAGCCUCACCGAGCACCAGGGCUGAUGACGACGAUGAUGGGAAGAAGAAACGAAAGAUUGGCUUUGGGAAUUUUGACAGUUGGUAG